AUGCUCGGUCUGCUGUCCUUUGCCGGGGUGGUGCUGAAGCUCUUCUUCAGCCUCACAUCCAAAGCAGAAAAGCUGGGAGGCGAGGCCGAGAUGCUCUUCAAGUUUGUCGCCAAUCGCACGGCAGAAAUUUGGUGCAUCUAUCCCGUGCUCUUUGCCCUUUGCGAGUGUACGAAAACGCUGCCGGAAGAGGUUGAGGUUGCAGGCUACGCCAUUGCCGACGUGAUCGCCAAGUGCGGCAUUCCAAUGAUGGUCUGGGUGUCCACAGUGACGAACUCCAGGAAGCUGGGACUCGGCCUGAUCGAUGAGGACCACGUAGCGGCAGCAGAGGAUGUGGAGGACCAUUCAGAAGCAAUGGUUGCAGCCUAUGAUCCAGAACUGGUGAAGUCUGAAAUCGUCUCGGAUCCCGUAUAG